AUGGCACAGCCGAUCCAGUAUGCACAGCUCCCCAACUUUGAGUACCAGAAGACCAUCGAGCGUCAUUAUCAGACCUUCGACCCUCAUACUCUUAAAUUUUCAUAUUAUCCUGUCCAUUCUGCAUCUACCGAUGGUCUGACCACCCCCAAUAAGGAUCAGGGCGACACCGACGCCCCCGCCGCCGAAUCCCCCAAGGAUGAGCCAGCCCCUGACCCUGCCCCAGCUAUAGAAGAAGGAUCAGACUCGCCUGCUGAUGCCUCGUCAUCCUCGCCCGAGGCUGGAGAUUCAUCCGAGGCAACAACGCCCCCUCCUGAUUCAGUAGAGUCUUCCAGCGAGACGCCUGCAGAAUCAAAAGAGGAAGACACGCCACCUGCCGCAGAGAAUACAGAGCCCGAGCCGACGACAACACCAGCAGAGACCGAGGGUGCUGCCCCAGAAGAAGAAAAGAAAGAUGAGACGCCGGCAGAAUCAACAGAGCCGACCGAACCUGCAGAGCCUACCGAGCCCACAGAGCCAGCUGCCGAACAACCUGCGGCCGAAGAAAGCCCAGCAGCACCUGAGGAGGCAGAAAGCACCCCUGCAGAGGAUGCAGGCAAGGACAUCACACCCCAAGAAGAAAGCAAAGACACACCGAAUGAGGAUGACUUCCCAGAAUGUGAUCCUACUGCAGGCCUUGACGAAGUCGAAGCCGAGAAAGAAGCCGCCGCCAAACAAGCCGAAGAGGAUGCCAAAGCCGAGGCGGAGGAGAAGGCAGCCAUCGAGAAGGAGCUGAUUGAUUUGGAUGAGGGUGCCAAGGAGGAAGAGACGACGCCGGAGGCUCCUGCAGAGAAACAGGAAAACGAACCGGCUGCCGAUGCCGACGCUAACGCCGAAGCCGCAGCCGCUGCGGCUGCCGAUGCCCCGAGCCCUCCUGAGGAAGAACACAAAGAAGAAGAAAGCCCUGCUGAGGCAUCGACCGAGGAACCAAAGGCAGACGACAAGGCUGCUGAGCCUGAAGCCGAUGCCGACACGGCCGAGAAGGAAGCAACUGAAGAGCCCGCACAACCAGAGGCUCAGGAGGAAGUAACAGCCGCAGAAAAUCUAGACAAGGAAGCGGCCCAGCCUGAACAACCAGCUGAAGAUACGACUACGGCGCCUGAAGAAACCCAGCCAGAUGCUGCAGAAAAGCCUGAAGAGACCACAGAAAAACCUUCUGACGAGGCUGCAGCGGAUGAGGGCACCAAGGAAGAGCCUGCAACAGAACCAGCCGCAGCAGCAGAAGAGGAGGCCAAACCAGAGGAGCCAGCCAAAGCUGAAGAAGAGGCUCCUAAGGAACCUGAGGAAACGGCGGACGCCCCACCAGAAGAGCCCGCUCAACCUGAAGCCGCCCCCGAAGAGCCACCAUCCGAGGAGCCGAAAGCAGAGGAAGAAUCAAGCAAAGACGCAGAUGCACCAGCUGCAGACGAGGCCCCUGCCGUAGAAGCUACUCCUGAAGAGUCUUCGGAUAAACCUGCUGAAGAGCCCGCUGCAGACGCCGGUGCUGAUAAAGAGAACGCCGAAGAACCGGCCACCGAAAGCACACCUGAGGAAACACCUGCAGAGCAAGAACCCCCGGCAGAGGCUGCAGAAGCGACACCAACAGAAGAGCCGACGGAAGAAAAGCCGGCUGAGGAUAAACCUGCGGAAGAACCAGCCGCUGUUGAAGAUGCUCCAGCAGACCCUCCCGCCGAAUCUCUCCCAGUAGAGGAGCCUGCACCAGAAGAAACCCCCGCCGAAGAGCCCGCUACUGAGGAGCCAGCGGCGGAAGCAGCACCGCCUGAAGAGACUAAGGCGGAUGAGGAAUCCUCUAAAGAAGCCCCAGCUGAAGAAGAAACAACUGUGGAGCCAGUUGCUCAGGAAGCUGCUCCAGAGGAGCCACCUCAGGAGAAAGAACCAGAGUCUGAAGAGACACCCGCUCAUGAAGAAGCUGCAGAACCUGUCGCCGAGGAGUCAGCUCCUGCCGAAGAGAAGCCAGAGGAACCGCAAGCUUCAGCAGAAGAGGUAACUGAGGCGCCGGUCCCCGAAGAAUCGGUGCCAGUUGAGGAACCCGCUGCGACCACUGAGGCCCCAGAGGCUCCUGCAGAAGAACAAGAAGCUUCUAGAGAAGUUUCUGCUGAGGCUGCUCCCGAAGAUCCAGCACCAGCCGCUGAUGAGCCGGCACCCGAGGAACCAGCUGCGGAGGAACCGGCGCCCGUCAGCGAGUCAGCUCCUGUGGAUGAGCCCCCUGCUGAGCCUGCCGCUGCUGAGGAACCUACUCCGGAAGAAGAUUCCACUACUAAGGAGCCUCCUGCCGAGGAACCUGCUGCUACUUCUGCCCCUGCCGAAGAGCCUACACCAGCCGAGCCUGCCGCCGCCCCUGCAGAGCCUGCUGCCGAGGAACCAGCCCCGGUUGAAGAACCCGCAGCUGCCCCUGCAGAAGAGCCUGUGGUCGAGGAGCCUGCCGCCGCCGAAGAGCCGGCUCACAUUGAGGAGCGUGCGCCCGCCGAAGAAAGUGUUCCAGCUGAGGAGCCUCCAGCUGAAGCUGCUGCUGCUGAGCCUGCACCUGUUGAUGAUCCUGUUGAUAAAGAAGCCCCUGCUGAACCUACUGUUGAGGAUCGUGCUCCAGUUCAAACACCUACUGAAGAGCGUGCUCCAAUAGAGCAUCCUAUUGAGGAACGCUCUCCCGCCGAAGAGCCUGCCCCAGCUGAAGAGUCACCUGCUGAAGCGCACCCUACCGAGGAACGGGUCCCUGAAGAGAUCCCGGAACCGGCAGGUGAAAGAGAUCUUCCAGAAGAUGAUGGCAUCGACCCUGCAGCUGCGGCUGUGGCUGCAGGAGUCACAGGGGCGGCUCUCGGAACCGCAGCCGGCCUUGGAGCCACGCAUGGCUCCAGGAGAAGAAAGAAGCGCUCGCCUGAGGUAGACCGCGAGAGACGCCCUUCGAAGGGCUCAACCGAAGAACACCGGUCUGCACCGAUGCAACGACAAAAGAGUGACCGGGGCGGUAUAUUCACCAACCGAUGGGCCAAGGCACUGGACGAGGCCAAGCGACAGCAUGAGAUCAAACAGGAGGAGAAACGACGAAAGGAGAAAGCCUACGAGAAAGCAUACCACGCCGAGGAGAAAGAUCGUGCAAGGGAAGCCAGACGAGCAGAACGCGCCGAUCGUGUCGAACGCACUGAACGCAGUGAGCGGGCUAAUCGCCCUGAUCGCUCUGAUCGAGCAGAACGAGCAGAGCGAGAGCGAGAGCGAGCCGAGAGAGCCGACAGAGCAGAACGAGAUCGAGCUGAGAGGGCCGAAAAAGCCGAAAGGGCUGAAGCCUACGAGAAGGCAUACCAUGCCGAGGAGAAAGACCGCGCAAGAGAAGCCAGACGAGCAGAGCGUGUCGAGCGUGUCGAACACACCCCAAGGGCCAGGGAAUCCGGGCAUACCAGAUCCCACCACCGAAGCUCAGAUCACUCUGGAAGCCGCGACGGCGAGCAGCGCGAACAGCGUGAUCGGGACCGCAAACCCGCCUCUUCCUCCAAACAUGGGCAGUCCUCGACACCCAAACCUCGAGCUUUCUUAAAGUACAUGACAAAUGGCGAAUCCGAGAACGGCCCUCUCCUCCGAGUUAACGGUGCCACCGCCGCCGCCGACAUUCCUCCCCGACGAUCUUCCACCAGCCAUACACACGGCCAUCGCCACUCUCACGAAGGCCGACGAGGGUCCAGCGAAAAGUCCAGCGGCUCCCACCGCACUGAGGAGGAAGAUCAGGCCCGGCGCGAAGCCCGACGCGCUCGACGCAAGGCCGAAGAGGAAGAGCGCCGAAAGGCCGACGAAGAAGCAGCGCAAAUGAAUGAGGUUGCCGCAGCCAAGGCGAAGGAAGAAUCUGAUAGUCGUCGCCGCCGUCGUGAAGGUGAAGAACGACAUCGUCAUCACCGACACCGUCGCGAUCCCUCUCCUCCCCGGGGCCCUUCUAAGCUGAAGGGCAUGUUCAAGGCCGCUAUUGCUGCGCAUUGA